AUGCCGGUACUUUCUGUGCCCAGGCUGUGCUGCGCCUGUGCCUCCUUGCCCGGCACCCCAGGCGGCUUUGUGGGCGACGGCUACGCGAGGCUGCGGUGGACAGCCCGGACGGGUUGCCGUCGCACGCCCCAACCACCACCACUACCGUGGCUCCUGUCCGGCCCAGUUCCACGCGGCGCAACCAGGUGGUUCGACGGACCUGCGCGGGAGUCCACGAGAUGGGUCCAUGUAGAGGCCCUUCUGGCGCCGCCGCUGGUCUUCACUGGCCUGCUCGCGGCCCUGUGGACCUGGAAGUGUGCCAUGAUGGUGAUUUUCCAGAACAAGAUUAUCUACAUGCCAGGACUGCCGCCGGGGACGCGCCGCGAGGAAAUAGGCGACUAUAGCCACGACUGUCGAGGUGUGGUGUGGCAGUACGAACGGCUUCAUUCCGAGGAUGGCACUUCGCUCGCAAUUGCAGUCGCGUCAUCAUCUCCUACUCUUAGCCUCAGUCAGACACCUGAAACUCACAUUUACAUUCUAUAUUUCCAAGCACGGGGCACUGGGUCAUCCUUCGCAUACACCAUGGCCUGCGUGAGCUACCGUGGGUAUUGGAAGUCCUCGGGGCGCCCAUCCGAAAAUGGAAUAAACAUGGAUGCUGUGUCAGCCUGGAAAUGGGCAUCCGACACACACGCCCGGUUGUACCCCUCCGGCAACAGCUGCCGUACACGGCCCGUUCUUAUCUUGUGGGGUCAAAGCAUCGGCGCAGGCUUUGCGACUAAUCUAGCCGCCACAGUGGCAACCCGUGGCGACCUUGCCUGGGGCACCAGCCAACAUUUGCUCCCAGUCCAUGCUGUCAUAUUGGAAACGCCGUUCCUCUCGAUCCGCGCGAUGCUCAAGGCUCUCUAUCCCCAGAAAUGGUUGCCAUAUCGCCACCUCUGGCCGUUCCUACGAAACCAACUGGACAGCGCAGCAAACCUCGAGGUCAUCGCAAGGCCCAAUGGGACGUCGCAUCAGCCUGCAAAGUUCCUGCUUGUUAUAGCCGAGAAAGAUGAACUCGUGCCCCGCCAUCACGCCGAGGAGUUGCAGAAGCGGUGUGAGAGGCUCGGGCUACCUGUCGAGCGUCAUAUUGUGCGGGGUGCAUACCACAACGAAGCCAGCGCCCGCCGAGAUGGUCAAGUGGCCAUCGCAAAUUUCAUUCGAGGGCGGGCACAAGCCGACCAAGCAAGGGAGGCAAGGGAGAGCUAG